GAGCGAUGAGGUCACGGUCUAUCAGCCAGUCAUGAAGCAGCGCAGUGUGACAUCACUGUUUGUGUGGUGUGCUCAUCGAUCAGCUGUAACUGAUGCAGUUCCAGUGUCCUGAUACCGGACCGGCCUGAGUUCCGACACCCUGCCAUCUGUCAGCCUCAUCAUUGGCUGAAGGAGGCGGUACCUGACCUGCUGGCAGGCUGCCCGGAAGGAGGGGGGCGGGGCCAUUAGCUGAUUUAUCCCAAAGGAGGAAGAGGAGGAGCCGGAGGAGGAGAAGCUGAGCCGAGUCGGUAAAUCCACGAUGAGCCGGCUCUGCUGCAGACAACAAGUGUUCAGAGAGGAAGAGGAGGACGAGGGAGGGGAAAACGAGGCUUCUCUGUAACGGAGCAGAAAAGGAGGUUACCACGGCAACUCAGAGGACGUGGCAGCAGAGGCGAGAACAGAGGACACUCAGGUUGAAGUUAGAAUGUGCAGAUGAAGGAUGGACAUUCUACUUCAGUCUUGCCUCUAACUGUGACUGUAUGAGACUGCUGAGUUCAAGGAGAGCAGAGUUCACAAAGACGGAAAUAUCAGAUCCUAGAAGAGGCAGAUAUGUCUCAGGCUGGUAAAGUCCUCCAUCUCUAUGUGGAGGUGAGGUCUGUUUCUGAAGAGGAUGAAAAGAUGCUGGGUAGAGGAGAUGACGGCACUAAUCAUCUGAUGCUGCAGUGCCCUGACGUCCUCACGCACUCUCAGAAGAGCUCCGCCUGCUCAAGUCUUAACCCCAGUCCAGAUCUUUCUCCGGUCAUCCCGAAUCAUGCAGGUGUUGGUAACCAUGGCUUCUGUCCCUCAAAGUCAUCUUCCAGACACUCAGUUAGCUUCCAACUCCAAAGUCCUGAUUUUACAGGGUCACCCACCCAGUUCCAGCGGCAGGAUGUACUGCAUGAUAGCUUUGGUCAUUUACUUGAGGUUCUUGCACCCAAAUCACCCAGUUCAGGUGUUUGUGGCUCACUUGGACAAACCCUUUCCCCUAACAUGGAUCCAUACCAGGAAAGACUCCUUAUGUCCCCAUCACCUACAUCCUCUUGCAGGCUGGCUGUGCCCUCCACUCCCACCAGCAAACGUAGAUCUUAUGAGGUUGCAGAGGCAGUGGAUGAGGAAGGAAAGACAUCUGUGGUUACUUUUGGGUACAUAGACAAAGAUAGUGUUCACAGCAUGGUGAGACGUAACUCUGUGUGCCUCAAUGAGCCGACAAAUCCUUUUAGGAGAAUGGAUAGGCAGCUGCUGCCUGCUCACCUCCAGAAAAGAAUGAGUGAUCCAAUGUGGUACAGUGAUCAGCCAUCACGGUGUGACAGAUUCCAUAGUCACCCCCACUCAUCUCAGAAUGAGUCUAGAGAGAGCUCGCCUUACUUACAGAGAGCUACCAUGGACACAGUUGCCAGAGACGCUACCUACAAGGCCUUAGAGGAGUUUGGAUCGCCAGAACUCAGACGCAGGUUUGGAGGUCACAGUCUGGAGAGCUGCAGUCCGUCUCUGCCAUGGCAAUAUCAGUCUCCUCGUUGCCGGUCUUUGGGGGGGUCACCCAUACAAUCCCGCAGUACCCUCACCCUACCAUCCAAGACCCAACUCCUGGAGCUGGACAGGAGAGUCUGCCGUAGUGCAGUGAAUGGAUUACCCAGAAGUCCUGCCUCUGACCACCUGUCUGCCCAGAGUGGUCACGCAUCCCACUCAAUGGCUGCAACCUUAGUACCUGACCCCCAUAGGCCAGUCCAGAACCAGCAGCAGAGGCCAUGGCAGAGAGUGGAAAGCCCUAGGUUGUCCAGCAAGUUUCACCCACCUUUACCUGCAGGGAGACCCACAGAUAUCCAGCAUGAGGUUCCAAACAUGUUCCCCACCAGCAUCAUUUCCCGGACUAGCUAUCAAGCUGGGAACUCAUAUCAAAGUGUUACCAAUAGCUAUAAUACUAAAAGCACUAACACCAGUCACAAUGCCACAGACACUUCCCACUACAAUGCGAAUGAUAACUUGAACAGCAAGAGUCUCUACAGGCCAUCACGCUGUAGUAGCCGAUCUAGUGAUGCAGACAGUCUCAUCAAUGACAGGACAAGCAUCUCCCCAUCCUCAAAUACUGAAUUGGAUUGUAAAUUAGCUGUUGAAGCUAACAAAUUGUUUGCAGACAAACAGGCUGUCUCUCCAACUACCUCUCACGCUGACUCACUAAGGUCUGAGAGUCCCAAACCUGGAGGGUCAUUCCCAAAAGAAUCCCAGCACUCCACCUCUCUUCAGAGGCGAAGCUCCUUUGAAUUAUUGCAGAUGGACAACCAGAAACACUGCAAAAGAGAAGAAAAACCAAUACCUCAAACUAAACCAGGAUGCAUUUCUCCUCUGCCUUCCCACAGAGGCUUCUCUACACCUGCAUCUCCUGCCUUGCCAUCUAAGUUGUCCCAUGCAUUUGGCUCUCAGCCAUCAGCACUUGACCAAAGACAUAAACAGAGUUCAUCACCUACUAAAGACUUGUCUACUUUACAUCGCUACCAACCCCCACAGUAUACCGGUGACCGCAAAUCACCUGGUAUGGAACGCAAACAGUAUAAUCACACCUUUGAGACAUUACCCAAAGCUACCCCUGAGGUCACCAGGAGACACUUGUCCAGCCAAAAUGCUGAAAGUCUGCCUGCGAGCUGGGUGUCCAGGCAGCGAGAGUGGAAAGAAGCUGGACAAGCCCACAAUGGAGGUGAACUAUGUGACCAAGAAAACAGUCAGUCAUCUUCUAGGAUAUAUAUCCAGAAAAAAGAGUAUCAUACGACUGAUGGAGGAAACAAGGUCCUACAAACGCAGUUGGUGCAGGAGUACCAGAGGUUGGUUUUGGGCAUAUCCAAGGAUCAGAGUGAGGUUCAGGAUUACAGCGGGACCACUGGUACAUCCUCUCGGAGCUCCAGUGGAGUGACGGGCAGUCUGGGAGACAGUUCGCAGCUGGACAGAAAUGGCAGUCUUUCCCCCGAAACCUCGAGCCAUUCGAGCCAUGAAAUGAUAAACGGUGGCUCUGGGAUGCAGUCGGACAGCGGCUCGGCAUCAACUCCAUCCUCGCGAUCGCAGAAAAUCGCACGAGCAAAGUGGGAGUUCCUGUUCGGAGGCCAGAGAAAGGAAAGCUCCUGCAGGAAAGACGCUCCGUCCACGACGCCUCCAGCCGGUAGUUCACUCAGCGCUACUCCUUCCUCCUCCCUCCUUCUGAAGCUAGCCAAUCAGAGGAGGGGGUGGGACAGUGAGGGUCAGAAGCUGUCGCAUCACGAGGUCCAGCAGAUCGAGGUAGAGCUGGUGACUCCCCACCCUCGGGGCCCCACUCCCCAGACGGGCAUCAUCCGGCGGUCCAUCAAAUACUCUGAGACGGACCUGGACGCCGUGCCACUACGCUGCUACCGGGAGACCGACCUGGACGAGGUCAUGCGGGCGGAAGCUGAGGCGGCCGAGGAGGCGGACUCAGCCUUUGGCAGUAACCGCAGUGUUCUGGAAAACUCCAGCCUCAGCACUGACGCCUCCCCAAAACCUCGAGGGAGGAAGGAGGAGGAUGGAGAGGAGGAAGAGGAUGAGGAGGAUGAGGAUGAUGAGGAAGAAGUGGUGAGCUGGGCCAGCGUCCGGAUGCAGGGAGACAAAAAGAGGCAGAAAGCCACCAAAGAAGAAGAUGAGGUGUUCAGUCUGCUGCUAAAGGGGACAUUGGAGGUAUCGCCCGACACCCACGGUGGCCUGAAGUCUCCGAUCUCCGUCGACAGCCCCCGCCGGCCCUCUGACAGCAACCUGGACUCCUUCAGCCGGCACUUUGAAAGCAUCAUGGAGUCUCACCGGGCCAAAGGCACCUCGUACAGCAGCCUGGACAGCGUUGACCUGCUGACCUCUGGAUCCACGUCUGUGUUCACCUUUGACCUGCCGACACUCACCCCAGAGAUCCAGAGUCAGAUCUGUGAGAGCGCCAAACAGAUCAUCGAGCUGAGUUUCGCCCCGCUGGCCCGCCCCAACUCACCCGCCCUUUCAGAGACAUCUCGCUCCGAGAUCGCCCUCAACGACGACUCUGGACCUCCAGUUCGAUCCAGGUCGGAGAAAGAAUCGGGGAGACGCUCCGUCCUCAAAGAUGGCUUCCGAAAAGCGAGCUCGGUCCCGUCGCUCCACAGUAGCACGAGGGAGCGCCCGGUGAACCGACCGCCUGAGCUGCUGUACCCUCAGGCCGACGUGGCAGAGCGCCUGGCGCUUGGCGGCAGCGAUGAUGCUCUGGCUAACGGCUUGAAACCAGACCUUCAGGCUGCCAAACGCCUCGCCAAGCGGCUCUACAACCUGGACGGAUUCAGGAAGUCUGACGUUGCUCGACACCUCAGCAAGAAUAACGAGUUUAGUCAGAUUGUGGCAGAAGAAUAUCUCAGUUUCUUUAACUUCACGGGUCUGACUAUCGACCACGCACUCAGGAUGUUUCUGAGUCAGUUCGCUCUGAUGGGAGAAACUCAGGAGAGAGAACGAGUCCUCAUCCAUUUCUCCAGGAGAUACAGACAGUGUAACCCAGACAGCUUGUCCAAUGAAGACAGCGUCCACACUCUGACGUGUGCCGUCAUGCUGCUGAACACAGACCUUCAUGGAAACAACGUGGGGAAGAGGAUGUCCUGCAGUCAGUUUGUCUCCAACCUGGAGGGACUCAACGAUGGAAAAGACUUCCCCAAAGAUCUGCUGAAGACGCUGUACAGCUCCAUCAAGAACGAGAAGCUGCAGUGGACCAUUGAUGAAGAGGAGUUAAGGAAGUCCAUGUCGGAGCUGGCAGAUGUCCGAACAGACUCCGCCUCCCACACAAUGAAACGGCUUGGGAGUGGUGGAAACCCACUGGUGGGCGUCGCCCAACAGGCCGACGGCGAGCUUUACAAGAGCAGCUUCCUUGUUCGCAAAGUCCACGCCGACCCUGACGGGAAGAGAACACCACGGGGUAAAAGAGGAUGGAAGACUUUCUAUGCCAUGCUGAAGGGUCUGGUGCUCUACCUGCAGAAGGAUGAGUACCGCACGGAGCGAGAGCUGACGGAGGAGGAUGUGAAGAACGCCGUGUCCAUCCAUCACUCUCUGGCCCUGAGAGCAGCUGAUUACAGCAAGAGGCCCAACGUGUUCUACCUGCGGACCGCCGACUGGAGGGUCUUCCUGUUCCAGGCGCCGAACGCAGAGCAGAUGCAGUCCUGGAUCACUCGCAUCAACGUGGUGGCGGCCAUGUUUUCUGCCCCUCCCUUCCCUGCGGCGAUCGGCUCCCAGAAGCGGUUCAGCCGUCCUUUGUUGCCAGGCUCCAACACCAAGCUGUCCCAGGAAGAGCAGCUUAAAUCUCACGAGAACCGAUUCAGGGCGGUUUCCUCUGAGCUGGUGGAACUCACGGCCUCCACGCCGGACCGAAAGGUGAAAGGUCGGGAGCUGGAGGAGCAAAAACUCCGGAAGGAGUACCUGGAGUUUGAGAAAACCCGUUACGGUACGUACGCCAUGCUGAUGCGAGCCAAGCUGUCCCACGGAGAUGAGGACCUGGAGGCCUUUGAGUCCCGGCUGUUUGACGACGGCGGCCUCCAGAGGGCGCACUCGAGCCCCACAUUGCCUCAGGAUGCCGCCAACAAGGAGAAGACCCGAGGAACCAAGACGUCCAAGAGUUUAAAGGUCACCUCGUCUCACUCGUCGUCAUCCAAGAGCGGCGGCAGAGACGGAAGCAGGAGGAAGAACGGCGGCGGCCAGCAGGUGGAGCUGCAGAGACAGAGCAGCAGACAGGAGGAGGCGGCGUAACCAACCAGCAGCCAACUUUUUCUGUUCACCCUCAGCCUCCUCCUGAUUGGCUGAUGCUGUUUUGACAGGGGGUGUCACAGUGGGGCCUUCAGGGUCACAAACACUCUGUAGGAACUUUUAAUUUUGCCCCAUAAGACUGACUGCUUCUCCCAUCUGGUUGCCAUGAUAACCACAAAUGUGUGGGUGCGUUGCCGCGGUAAUGGAGAUAAUGGACAAGAGGAGAGGGAGGGGGGAAAGACUGUAGAGUCAGAGAACCUCCGAACAAACAAACAAGCGAACAAACAAAGAAAACACAGGAACCUGCACACUUUACUGAGUGUUUAUUGUUGCUUUCCUCAUUCUGCUGGAAACAAACAGGAACUGAAGCAUCAGGGACCAAAAACUUCUGAGUGACAGAACAACAAGUUUAAAUGUGGAUCAGUCGACCAGUUAUUGAUCCAUUUACUGUGAAACAGGAUCUUAAAAAACAAUUAAAACAGGAUUUAUAAAACGGGAUUUCACUGAGUUUAGUUUAAGUUUUUUUUAUUUUUUACUGAACUCAAAAACUGAAUUUAUUUUA